AUGGCUCGAGCUCACACCACGGGUCUAGCUCCCACCACGGGUCUAGCUCCCAUCAUGGGUCUAGCUCCCAUCAUGGGCCUAGCUCCCAUCACGGUUCAAGCUCCCACCAUGGUUCGUCACAUACAUCUCGCCCUCGAUCGCACACGCCUACGCAAUGUAGAGAGCGCCGGCGACUCGAAGCGUCCGGUAAUCGUGAACAAUUACAUUGUCAAGAACACGAAUAUCAACGUUGACUUUGGCCAUUCUCCGGGUGUUCCAAAGUCAGUGGAGAUCGACACCGGGGAUGGCUACCUGGAUCAAAUGUACAAAGGCCCAGCUAGCAUGGACCCUUUCGACAAUAGGCUGGGCGAUUGCCACAUUUGUAGCUGGUCUGCCGAUACGAUGGUUGGUGGGCUACCUAUGUGCAGGACUUGCAAGAAAAAUAGCCAGUGGUGA